AUGGCAUCAAAUACGGAAGCUUUAAAGUGGCAACGUUUUUUCGUUGCUGCUGGUAUACCAAGUAUUAUUGCACUGAAGUACUCGAAAACCUUUGCUGCGCAGCGAAUGCAAUUCACAAUGUUAGAUGUACUGGAUAAGUCGGUGCUCACUGAGCUCGGCGUUGUAACAGUCGGUGAUCAGAUCGCUAUUUUGCAACAUAUUCGGAAGUUGAAGUCAUCUCAGAAUGAAAGAAUAGGUUGCAACUCGUCAGCAAUGGAAUCAAACAGUAUAGUCGCUACAAAAGAAAAGAAACCUACAUCAAGGGCACCAGACCGUGAUGAUAUUUAUCACAUUCAUCUACCAAGUGGUACGACACCGAAAACGCGAGCAAUUCUUCAAAAACACAGUAUGCUAAAAUCUGCAGGUUUGUUGAAACGUGGUUCUAGUGGGAUACGACAAUCAGGAAAGGAUAUUCUUUUCUCAGAACAAAAUACAGCAGGUAACGAAUACACUGUUACCAAUGUGACAAUAUCAUGUAGUAUUAUAUGGCUUUGUUUUGACUUUAAGUGA